AUGUCACCAGACGCAGGCCAGCCCGCACAGACUCAAGGCCGGCUUCAUCAGUCCCUACCAGCCUCACGAUCCUCGUCACCCAGCGGCACCUUUGCAGCUGCGCAAUUCAUUGCUGCGACACAGCCCGACGUACCCCAAGACUCGAGUUUCGAAGGAAGCGCAGCCGUCGAAAUCGCAGCGCCAGCCAAACACGAAGCAUCUUCUCAGCCUCAAAGCAGCACACACCAAAGCCCAUGGCAGCGCCGUCAGCCAACGAAAACACGACAGAUGAUGCCAGAUACAGCGCCCAGCAACAGCUCAGCGGAUCAGCGCGAGCAGCGUGCGGGAUCUCAACCGGCUCACGUCAGUGAAGCAUCCCAAGACACGAUGAUCUCGCCCUUGUCUGCUACGCCAUCGUCACCGCCGACUCUUCGUGCAUCCCAUUCUCCGUCGUCUUCUUCCUUCCACCACGCGGGCAGCAUGUCCAGCUUUGGCGCCGCAGCUACGACGGCAGAAGCAUACAGCCUGGCCGAUCCAUACCGCUACCCACAGCAGCAGCAGCCGCAGCCUGCCUUCAUGUCGGGCCAAGCCGGCAUACCGGCCCCUCCUCCUCCGAGCCAGCAUCAACAUCUCUACCGAUCGGAUUCGACGCAAUUGCCUCCGCCUCAGCAGCAAGCUUACCAGGCUUAUCAGGGAGGUGGGAGAGGGAUGCAAUAUGCAGCUGAUCUCUCCGGUGCCACCGCCGGCUACGGGCCUGCUAUGCACCCAGAAGCAGCGUUUGCAUACGGGUCCAGCGCAGGCUCGGGAGGAGCGGUCGCAGGAGGGGCAGGAGCACAGGGGGCUUUGUCGGUCUCGGCAGCCAGCGGUGCCGGGAUGCCGCAGCAACACUAUCAGCAGCAACAGCCGCCGCCGCAGGGCUACGCCUCAUCUCCACCACAGUCCGGGAUGCAUCAGCAGCCUGCUUACGAGUCAUUUGGAGGACCAGGAAGGACUGACUCUGCCAGUUCCGCACAGUGGCCUCCUACCUACGCUUACUCGCCCUACACUAGCGUGGCCGGCUUUUAUCCUUCCCCAACCACUCCUGGACCCAUGCCACCUCAGCCUUAUGUCUCCGCAAGCAGUCCGGAAUAUGCACAACUUGCCGCCAUGGGCUACCACGAAUCGGUAGCCGCAUCUCCGCAGUUUGCUGUGCCGGCCUCUUCGCCUGGCACAUGGGCCCAACAGCAUUACCCACGUCAGCAGCCGAUGGGCUACGCCCCGCCACGAGGUCCAGCCCCAGCACUGGCCGCGUCCUCUCCGUCCUCACGAGUUGGCUACCGCGGUUCAGGCUCGCAAGGCAGAGCGUCCCGCGCACCUCUCCGUCAAGACACGAGAAGCACCGGAGAGCCGGCAGAAGGUGCUCUCGCUACUUCUCCGACGGAGGCUGGCUCAGUGGAUUCGAGCUACGGCAAGCCUCCGGUCGGGCUGCGAUCAGAGCAUGUCAUGUGGGUGGGCAAUGUUCCCGCAAAUGCGUCUCAAGCCGAAUUGCGCGCCUUCUUCUCUCAGCUUCCAGCCGACGCACAAGACGAUGACGAACCCAGCCUCAACGAAGCUGCUCCUCAUGGCAUCGUCUCGAUUUUCAUCAUUGCUCGCUCCAACUGCGCUUUCGUCAACUACUCCACGCCUUCCCGCCUCGACAGGGCCGUACUCUUCUUUAAUGGCCACCCGCUUCGUCCUCAGGACCCUCGUUGCCCGAAGCUCGUCUGCCGCAUCAGGAAGAAGAGCGACGAGGUGCAGGCUGGCGUAGGAGGUCAAAGGGGCAAAGGGCUUCACGUCGCUUUCCUCAAGGAGUACCGCCGUCGCGAGAGUGAGAAGCUCGGCCAGUCGCGCGGCGAAGGAGAAGGUCCAAUUGCACAAGGCGCCAGCGCAAGCCCCUCGACCAACAACAAAGCACAGACGGACUGUCUCGACGUAGCGGGCCUGUCACUCAGCGACACCUCCAACCUCCGCGGGGAAGCAGUCGCUUCACUCUCUUCGCCCAACACUCUCGCCUCAGUCGGGUCAAGCUCCAUCGGCAGCUCGAGCGCAGAGGUGUCAUACACGAGCACCAAUUCAGGCCUCCUCGGCCACCCGGCCUUUCGCACUCGCUACUUCAUCCUCAAGAGUCGCACAAUCGAGGAGCUGGACCGCUCCGUAGAGACGCGCACAUGGGCAACGCAACCCCACAAUGAGGCUGUAUUGGCGCAGGCUUUCAGGAACAGCGACAGAGUGAUCCUAGUCUUCUCGGCCAAUGGGAGUGGGGCCUUCUUUGGGUACGCAAGAAUGGCUGGGCCUAUCCCGGGCCGGGAGGCGAAGGCCAAUCGGUCGCAAGAGACUGAAGCUGUCGCCGCCAGCGAGCAAGACGCGCCUAGCGGACCUACUCUCGUCACCUCACCUCAGGCUUUGACGCCCAAUGAGGAAGCACAAAAGGCAGAAUUGCUGCCUGGCACAGCUACGGGCCUUCAGACUGGCAAGAAAGCCUUGACCGACGACGGUGUCAUGAGAAGGGACAUGAUGGCGAAUGGACAGCCUUCAGCUGCGAUGGACAGCAGUGCCGCAACAUCUGUCUCGUACUCCUCGUCGCUCACGCCAGGUGACUCAGCCUCAAGCGAUGCCCGAGCGGCCACCCAGCUUGCUACGCGCGCCAUCAUUCACAAUCUCCGCAUCGACCAGCGAGAGAGCCAGCGCAAGGCUGAGCAAUUGGAGCGUCAGCUCGCAGUGCAGGAGAAUUUGGCUGCUUCGGGUCAGGCAAGAGUGCGAGACAGCGAAGCAACCACUUCACCUGCUGCAAAGCAAGACGGCGGCCGAUCGAUUGGCACCGCGACUCCCACCCCCACCAUGACUCUCUCGCCCUCUACAAAUACAAGCACCGCGGCAGAGGGCGCCUCAGUCUCAGGUCCCUCUCCCUCCCCCUCGUCAGAAGAAGUUUUCGGCCACACCUUUUCUGUUGAGUGGGUCCAAACCAAUUCGUUGCCAUUCACGGCUGUCAAGCACUUGCGCAACCCUUGGAACGAGAACAAGAGUCUGCGCAUUGCUAGGGAUGGGACCGAGAUCGCCAUCGAUACCGCCGUUGAACUGCUGGGAGUUUGGGAGAAGCACGUUGAGGGCGGGCAAGCUGGCGCCUCGACUGCUACGGCUCCGGCGAGGUAG